AGAGGAAGGGGGAGUAAAAGUAGUCCCGGCCAACGGGAAGGCUAUAUAAAGCCGGCGCCGCGGAGGCGCUGCCUUUUCAGUUGAGGAGAGCGGUGGUUAUCGGAACAUGUCAGGCGGCUCCGCGGAUUACGGCAGGUAAAGUGUGGCGCGCGGGGAUAAGGGAGGCGCGGCCCUGCGUGCCAAGGGCGGCGUCGGGCUAUUUAAGGCUCGAAGCGGAGGCGUCGAGAGUGACGGGAGAAGCGCUUUCGAGGGCCGUGACGUUGGACAAGCGGGGCGCGGAGAGGGACGCGCCAUGGUCGUCGCGCUGCCUCCGAAGGCCGCUGCGGCUGCCGCCCUCUUCGCCCUCCCCUCGCUCCGUAGAUCGAGGCCCCGCUCUUAAAACGUCUCAGUAGACAUCUUCCUCUCACGGAGCGACGGGGCCGCCUUUCCCCGCUCUCCCCUCUGUAAAUGCCUCGAAUAGUACAGCCCGAAACGGUUGGUUCCCCCCCAUCUCGCUUUCAUGAUUGGUGCCUUUUCCCCGAGUCUCAGCUGCGCCGCAUCGGGGGACGGGCCUCCCCCCCCUUCUUCGGGGAGGCCGCGUGGUUUCGUCCAAGAGGCUGCCUCCCCGAGCGCGCCUGCUUCGGAAGAUUCCAUUUUCACUCGAUCGAAAAGGGGGGGGGGACAGGGUCGGGAGGGGUGCGGCUCGCAAGCUGUUCUCGUCCGUCGGCGGCCUCGCCAGUCCCCGGCGUGUCCUCGACUUGCGCAGUCGAGGCUCAGGGGCGGGGUUCUCGCGAGAUUUCGGCGAGAGGGCUGAGCACGGGAAGGACGGAGACGGGAAUGCACGGGUUGAGAGCGGGUCUCGCUCCUGAUAACGCGGCACGUGCCCUGCCUUCAUUUUUCUUAGCGCCCCCUCCCCCUCUCGCACACCACCUUGCAGGCUUUGUAAGGUGCGGAAGCUGCUUGUCAAAACCAGCUUUCCUUACAUUGCAACCUGUGCUGACUGAAGAUAAAUGGAGUAGCUUCUCUUCCACGUGUAGGCCAGGGUCUCCCUUAACGCGAAAAUGUCUCUCCCCCCCCCCCCAAAAAAAAGAUCCCUCCUUAAUGCAAUGCAUAUUGGUGAUGUGAAAUUUCCAUAGAAAACGACUUUAACUUACUAUAGCCGGGGCUGUAGGUGGGGGGUGAUCUGCAUCUGCUCAACCUAAAAUGGCGGGGACAAACCCUUUGCAACAGUGAAGCAACCUAUGAGCAUUUUUUUGAGGUAGCAGGCAACGUGAGAAGUAGACUGCAAUCUGCUUUGGCUUUCUUUGGAAAACAAAAACGGCUACCAAAUUUUCCUUAGUUUAUAAAUGACUUUGUAUUCCUGAUGGUGGCCUGUAUGCAGCACGUGCUGUGUGUGGCCAUGUGAUUGCCAUACCAGCAUCAUACUACACAAAGAUUUCACUUCUGAGUACCACUGGUGUUUGAUUCUGGUCUAAAUAGAAAUUGAGAGUUUACGCUUUAUCAGAAAGACUUAAAUGUAGUAAGUCUUUAGUAUAUAAUGGUGGAGCUCACAACCUUGUGGAAAAGUAGGUUGAGUGAAGACUUGCCAAGUUAGUCUUGGGUCUAAAAAUUUCCAUUUCACAGUACACCAAGUACAUUUCUGACAAAGCAGUAAAUGUGGGUGCUCAUCCUGAAUUCUGAGAGUGCAUUUAUCUGGGUCUUACCAUUUUAUGCUUACAAAAUACACAUACUGAAGGGUUUGGAUAAUGAACAAAACCAAAUCCCUGAUUCUUUUGAAAUGGCAUUCCUUGAUUUAAGGAUGAUUUUAAAAAAUACUUUGAGUAAAGUGAGCAGUUCAAUAAUGGUGAUAUUCAAAUAAGUUGCUUAGAGUAAACCAAUUUAAAUUAUUGGCACUCAUUUAGUCACCAAUUUCAGCUUAUCUGCUCUAAAUAAAAGUUAGUUGAUUUCCAACGUACGUUGGCAGCUGUAACAUUGUUGGUAGAUGUGCUCUGGAGUAAUUCAUCACAGUAUUUGUAUCAGUAUUUAAUUUGGUUGCAUCCAUAGAAGUUAGAAACUUGCUGGUUUGGCUGACAGCUUUGGCUUUUUUAUUUAAACAGAGACCAUGGCCCAGAGGGAAUGGACCCCGAUGGCGUCAUUGAGGUUAGUAUUUCAUUGAUAGUUCCUUUAAAAUGUUGUUAGGGAUGAUGAGUGAAGUAAAACAUUUUUUUUUCCUUUUGCAGAGCAACUGGAAUGAAAUUGUUGACAAUUUUGAUGAUAUGAACUUAAAAGAAUCCCUCCUCAGGGGCAUUUAUGCAUAUGGUUUUGAGAAACCUUCAGCUAUUCAGCAGCGUGCUAUUAUUCCAUGCAUCAAAGGUAAGCUAGUAGUAAUGUGUUUAUUAUUGGUAGGUACUAAGUCCUGUUCUUUGGCUUGAGUUCCCAGCCUUGGGGUGGAAGUAAAACACAUCUUUCCUUGUAAAGUGAGAUGAUGGUAUACCAUCUUUCGGGACUGACCUGAAAUGGAGAUAAUUUGUAACUGCUGAUCACUUGAAAAGGAAAUAACAGUUAAACUGAAUCCUUGAUGUGUUGUGUGGGAGCAGUAAAUAUCUAUCCUUUUUUUAGGGUAUGAUGUGAUUGCUCAAGCUCAGUCAGGUACUGGCAAGACAGCCACAUUUGCUAUUUCCAUCCUGCAACAGUUGGAGAUUGAUCUCAAGGAGACCCAAGCACUAGUAUUGGCCCCAACCAGAGAACUGGCUCAACAGGUAUUGAUAGUGUAGUUAAAAGCUGCUUACAUGUUGCAUAGGUUUCAGGUUUCACAACUGUAGGACAGUUAACAUUCCUUGCAGGGUGACUUCUUAUCUCUGGGUUAUAAAAAUGGAAACAGGCCUCUGUCCCACUAACUUUUCUCCUUUAAAUACAUGGAGAGAAGUCAGCUGGGACAAUGGGCCUCUGAAGCUGUGAUGAAGUUGGGUAACAGCUGUGUAGGAGUGAUGAAGGGGCAUAUCCACAAGUCUCCAUUAUAUUAAAAUUUUAAUCUGAAUUUUAAGCCUUUGUUUAAAAAAGGGGCUCUCUUUAAAAAUGCAUGCAGUUGUGCAACAUGGAAACUGCAGUGCGCAUGUGAUCGGUUGAUUUUUCUCUGUAUGUAUGUAAUUUGUACUGUGUGCUUCAGUCUCUUAAAUCUUCUGUUUUGAACAGCUUUUUGUGGCACUACACACUUCCAUUAAAUUCUAGUUCUUCUGAAUAGAACUUUCAAUAUUGCGAUAAAUGUUUAAGACCAACAUAGAACUUCUGGAGAAUUUUAUAGUUUGACUGAGUGCAUAACAACUUUUUAAGAAAAUGAAACAAUUGUCCAAGUGACUUAGGGGGAGGGGGGUGGGACCUAUACAUUUGUUCAGCAAGAAGAUCCUAGUGAACUUUUGAGUUGAAUUUUACAUCAUUUCUUGUGGAGGACAGCAGGAUAUUAUAAAUGAAAUUGAGCAUUGACAGCAAUCCAUAACUUGCUUCAGGGAAGGAAAGGAGUCUAGGAUGGGUUGACACAGCAUCAGUUACUUUUCAGUUUAGAUGAUUUUGCCUAAGUUAAACUGCUUUAAAUAUAGCAUUGUCAAGAAAGCUAUCUAUAACUGGUAAUUUGCAGUUCUUAAGUGGAUAUACCAAGCUGUUUGAUAAACGAUAGGUGGACAUUUGUAAAGAACCUGCCAAGUUUUCACCUCUAAUCUCUGAGGGUCAUUUAUUUAAAUGUUACCGUAAAGUUGUACUGUAAGUUGUACACUGAAACAAUGUGGCCCAGGUAGAUCCUAGUUUUAAAAGGCACUACAAUGCUUCUGCAUGUGUGGUGACUAGUAGCUAUUUUCUGUUCCAAUGUGCAACGAAAACUAAUCUGCAAUUCUACAUUGGUAGUACUUUAUAUCGCUUUGCAAAACCAAGGCUCCCCUCAGUGUAGAAGAACAAAUACUUCUCCGUAGUAGACUACCUGACUGAGGACAGCGUCAGAUGUAUUACAUUUCUUUUGGAGAUAACAUUUGUGGAUAGGAAAGGCAUUGCAAGCUGCAUGUAAAAUAAUCAAGUACAAGUUGCAUGUGUCAGUCACUGCAUACAGUAUAGAUUCAUUGGGAAGCUGUGGCUGGUGAAUAAGUGGAGCAAUGCUUAAUAACAUUCUAAUUGAGACAUAUUAUUUCAGAUCCAAAAAGUUAUUCUGGCUCUUGGCGAUUAUAUGGGUGCAACUUGUCAUGCUUGCAUUGGUGGCACAAAUGUUCGCAAUGAGAUGCAGAAGCUGCAAGCAGAAGCUCCCCAUAUUGUGGUGGGAACUCCAGGACGUGUGUUUGACAUGUUAAACAGGCGUUAUCUGUGUAAGUAGUGAAGUACUAAUUAAACUCUUAGUGGGAAUGUGUUUGAACAAGCAGUGACUAAAAUAUCUUAAUAAGUGUGCUAUUCAGCUGAAUAGGCAGAAGUUCCAGACGUAGGAAUGUGCAAGAUUGGUGGUUUAGCAUUGUUUUUUCCUGCUAAAGAAGAAAUUAAAAGCGUAGUUUAUAAGAACCCUUAUAAUGCUUCCAAAAUGUUUCCUUUUUGUUCUAGCGCCUAAAUGGAUCAAAAUGUUUGUAUUGGAUGAAGCAGAUGAAAUGUUGAGCCGGGGAUUUAAGGAUCAAAUCUAUGAAAUUUUUCAGAAAUUGAGCACAAACAUUCAGGUAAAAGCAAUCUCACAGUAACAAUGGACAUUAAAUUUGGCUGCAUUGUACUGGUGCAGGUAAAGUUACAAUGUAGCUGUGUAGUGCUGUAUUGUCGUUCCCCCUGCACAAAGCAAAAUUGUCUCUUUUCUAUCCUUGUCUGUUUUGAUUCCACGGCAGACAGGGACGCUUGGUUUCAUACAUUAUCUCCUCAUUGACCAGCUUCUUGAGCAAUUUUAGAGCAAACCACUUAAAAGAAACACUCCUUUCCUGUUCAGGUUGUGUUGCUGUCUGCCACUAUGCCAAUGGAUGUGCUGGAAGUGACCAAAAAGUUUAUGAGAGAUCCUAUUCGUAUUCUUGUGAAGAAAGAGGAAUUGACCCUUGAGGGUAUUAAACAAUUCUACAUUAAUGUGGAGAGAGAGGUAAGGGGAAAGUUUAAUAAUCUUGAAGGCACUUCUUGUACAAGCACUGUGCUAAAACCACAGAAGUUGGGGUUACACCUUGGCUUCUGUAGUAAUGCUAGCACGGUACACACAAGAAGAAGAACAAAUGCACUGGAUCAGUAAAAGACUUGGGUGGACCUCUUUCUUAAUGUCCAGUGUCCUAGUCUGGAGUUUUGGUGCAACACUACUUAAUGUCUAGAAAUACGAGUCACCUUUAAGAUUCUACUUCGGAGUUUUAUGUGUACCUCAUGCAACUCUUCCUUGUGUGUACAUGACAAUUACCUUAACUUUACAGGAAUGGAAGCUUGAUACUCUCUGUGAUUUGUAUGAAACCCUGACCAUUACGCAGGCUGUUAUUUUCCUUAACACAAGGAGGAAAGUAGAUUGGCUUACAGAGAAAAUGCAUGCACGAGACUUCACUGUUUCUGCUCUGGUAAGUGUUGAUACUGAAGAGGCAUUGCAUGCUAUGGUAAUUGAGAAGCAAAUACUAAGGCGCAGUGUCAUGGGAAGUGUCAUUCCUAGUCCUAAUGGCACGGUAUUGCAUACUUGAGUGGUGAAAUUUGAGCACUGGAAGAGACUUCUAGACCCCUUGGAAGCAAGGUUCCUCUUUUGCUUAACUCCAUUCUCAGAGGUUUAAACCUGCUACAUUCUUCAUCCCCUCUGUAUUUUCCUGUAUACCUGCUUAUUGCAGAUAAGAAAUGUGCCUGUUACCAGAGGAAUAGUUUAGCAAAGUUUUGAAUAUUUUAUAUUUAAAAGGCCAUAAGUUAAAAUGGAGAAGUCUUUGGAUACUUAAAAAGUUGGUUAACAAGCUUUCUUUAUCCAUACAGCAUGGUGACAUGGACCAGAAGGAGCGAGAUGUUAUCAUGAGAGAAUUUAGGUCAGGUUCAAGCCGUGUCUUGAUCACUACUGAUUUAUUGGUAAGUAUCCAUGGUCCCUGCCUUUUGUGCGAACCUACCCAAAGCUGUUUUGUUUGGUGCAGGUUCUUGUAACCUGAGCUACUCAAGCUGUUGGAAGAGUAAAGACCAUGCUCCACUAUGGACUUGCAUUAUUGUAGUUCAUCACUAUAACAUGGUCAACAAAGCUAUAAGUAUACUGUGAUCCUGGAGGAAGUUUCUUUGUGUUUAUAGUAAUUUAUUAUUUGGGUUUAUAGGCUCGUGGCAUUGACGUGCAGCAAGUAUCGUUGGUUAUAAAUUACGAUCUGCCGACCAAUCGUGAGAACUACAUUCACAGGUCAGUUGAAUUUCCACUCAGUUUCCAUUCCGAAGCUUCUUCAGAAUCUGCACACCCUGAAUACUUGUCUUGCUUUCUUGCAUCAUAUACUACAGUGUGUGUGUACGUGCACAUAGUGUUGUGAGGAUGGGAGGGGCAGAGCUUCUUUGUUAGCCAAUGAAACAAAACAGUGGGAAAACUUGUUUGUAUUGGAGCCUCAGCAAUUACUGGUUUUCGGGAUAGAGCUGCUGAAUUAAUGUUCUGUGGCAUGUGUUGUUGAGUCUGCAAAAGUUCUUUAAAGAACUACUACUGUUGUAUUGUGAUUAGGAAAGCAGAGGUUUAUGUUGUUUCCAAAGUUGCUAUUAGUUUUCCUUCCUAGAAGUAAGUACUUUGCCUCUUUCAGCUUGUUCUGUUGCUUUAUUGGAAGUUUCUUUGUGCCAAUACCUUCACUGCUGCUCUUUGGUUCUUACAGUGGGAUUCUUUCUCUGGUGUAUCUUCUAAUAGCUUUCAGUUUAUCUCCCUAAGCUUAGCUAUCUAUCAUAGUGGCUUUGUCCCCUAAACAAAGUAAAUUGUACCUUGUUACUUGAUGUAAAAAAAUACAGGAGUCGCUAGCCCAGUUGAUGACGGGAUGGUGCUCAGAAGCGACGUUGGCGUAAUUUAGGACGUGGAUUCGUAAGCGGCACACUGUUUCAAUAAAGAGCGAGUUGGUAUUUAUAUACUUUUCUUUUGUAAUGAUUGUUGUGAGCUAUGUUUUGUCUUAAAAGCUCUUAAUACCUUGGUCAGGUGAAAGCAGAAGUUGUGGGUUUUGUUUUUAACCUAUAUAUCUCCAGUGUGCCCUGUAAAUGAUACUGCAAAAACUGGUGGUUCUGCAAAAAGUGGUGGUAAGUUUUCCCACUGAAUAAAUUUGUGUCUUUGAGGAAGUAAAUGUAAUGUUUGGCUUCAAGGGAUUAUGAUUUGGAAAAUUUUGGUUAAAAAAAAGGUUUGUAAUUUGUAGGCUGACAUCAAGCUCUGUCCAUGUUUAAAAGCCGAUAGUGAGCUUAUAACUUGCCUGAGUUAUGCAGAAGUGGGGUGGGGGAGGUUAAGUUUUGCUGGGUAUAACGUGGCUUGUCUGUGCUGCCAAAACCUUUCUUUAGUUGGUAUCUGCCAGUACUCAAGAGAGUAAAAUAAAUCUUGCAUAUGCUUUCGGCACAAAAGAAUAACGGUGCUAUAGUACAGCGCAACAAUGUGUGACAACAUUAAUCUGCCAGUGAGUACCACGUAAAACAAUUUUUGUCCCUGGAAACAGGCUAUUUAAAAUGAGUUUAAAAGUAGCUUCUUCAUACUCUUUUCCCUGUUCUGUGCAGGAUUGGCCGCGGUGGUCGUUUUGGCAGGAAAGGUGUGGCUAUAAACUUUGUCACUGAGGAGGACAAGCGGAUCCUUCGGGAUAUUGAGACUUUCUACAAUACUACAGUGGAGGAAAUGCCAAUGAAUGUGGCUGACCUCAUUUAAUCCCUGGGAUUGAGAUGUUUUUGGAAUGCAGUGCUCGCUGUUGCUGACUAGGCGAUCCACAACGGGCAUUGUGCUUCUUUCUUGGGAGAUACAUUGAAUCUUGUCUCAAUGCUCAUUACGGAUCAGAAAUACAGAUUUUUGAUAAGCGAAACGACAUUUUGUCGUGAGCUUUUGUGGGGAGAGCCUUUGGCUUUCUCCUCUUUAGGGUUUUAGACUGUUGGGGUUGGGUGGAAAGUCAUGGGGUCUGUAAAUUUUUUCUUUAUUAGAAAUUUAUUUCCUAGUUCUGUAGAAGUGGUUGUGCUAGAUGUUCUUUUUCAUUUAAUUAUUUACUUAUGGACUAAAAGGUAUAAGUGCUGCAUAAAAUCAGCCAAUUAUGUUAAACUGGCAUACCUACUUUUAUUGUAUAUUAUAGUUCUAUAAUAGACUAAAUUGGCCUUUCAAAAUGACUAAUCUUUUAUAAUAGCAUUAAAAAUGCAUUUUUGUUUGCUAUGUAUUUAUUGAAUAAAGUAUUUAAUUAGUGUUAAGUGUGAUCUGGACCCUGUUGCUAAACCCCAGCAAGCAAUCAUUACUAUUGUCUUAGUUAGGGUUAAACCCAUUAAAAUUGCCAUUUGCACAUGUCUUAAUGAAGUUUGAAUGUUCAAUAAAAUGCUUAUAUAUUCACUUGA